AUGGCUCCAACUAUUGAAGAGCUUGACGCGACGGUCCGCGCCUUCUAUGAAGGACGAGGGGAUACUCAAAAAGCUGCUCAAGCUACACUGAACCAGUUCAAGGAGGACCCUGAUGCAUGGUUAUUAGUUGACAAGAUCCUACAGGAUGCUACAUACCCGCAGACCAAAUACUUGGGCUUGCAAAUACUCGACAACGUUAUCAUGACCAGGUGGAAGGUUCUUCCAAGGGAACAGUGCCAAGGUAUUCGAAACUUCGUUGUCAACUUUAUCAUACAAAGCUCCAGCUCCGAGGAAUCCUUGAAGUCACAACGUACCCUCAUUAACAAACUUAAUCUUGUCCUUGUAUCUAUUCUCAAGCAAGAAUGGCCACACAACUGGCCCACCUUCAUCAACGAGAUCAUCUCGUCAUGCCACACGAGUCUGUCGAUAUGCGAGAACAACAUGUCCAUUCUGCGGUUGCUGUCCGAGGAAGUUUUCGACUUUUCAGCAGAGCAGAUGACCUCUACCAAGACCAAGAACUUGAAGACAACGAUGUGUGCGGAGUUUUCAUCCAUCUUCCAGCUAUGCAGCGAGGUUCUGAACAGCGCCACCCAGGCAAGCCUUAUCAAAGCUACGCUCGAGACCCUCCUCCGUUUCUUCAACUGGAUCCCGCUUGGCUACAUCUUCGAGACUCCUAUUAUUGAUACCCUACGAACCCGGUUCCUGGAGAUACCAGAAUUUAGAAACGUCACCUUGAUGUGCUUGACCGAGAUUGGCGGUCUGCAGACUGGGCAGCAAAAUGCAUACGAUGAGAAGCUUGUGCAGAUGUUCACUGAGGUUCUGACAACAAUCUCUAAAAUCAUCCCACUUUCCCUGGAUCUGAAGACUACUUAUAGCUCAAGUAAUUCUAGGGACCAGGAGUUCAUCCAGAACCUGGCUCUUUUCUUAUGUAACUUUUUCAGCGUGCACCUCAGUCUUAUUGAAAACCUACCGAACCGAGACUUCCUCACUCAUGCGCACUUCUACCUUAUCCGAAUCUCGCAAAUCGACGACAGGGAGAUCUUCAAGAUCUGCUUAGAAUACUGGAAUAAGCUCGUUCAGGAGUUGUACGAUGAGAUGCAGUCCCUGCCAAUCACAGAUGUUAAUCCUCUGAUCAAUAUGGGUGUUGGUGGUCUUGCGAAUGCCGGUGCCCCAAAUCCAAGUUUACUGGCCAACUACCCUCUCCGAAAGCACAAAUACAGCGAGGUACUCUCAAAUCUGAGACUGGUCAUGAUCGAGAAGAUGGUCCGGCCAGAAGAAGUGUUGAUUGUCGAGAACGAUGAGGGUGAAAUUGUGAGAGAGUUCGUGAAGGAGAGUGACACUAUUCAACUCUACAAGACGACGCGAGAGUGUUUGGUCUACCUUACACAUCUUGAUGUCGUGGAUACCGAGAAUAUCAUGACGGAUAAGCUGGCUCGCCAGGUCGAUGGAACCGAAUGGUCGUGGGCCAACUGCAACACAUUAUGUUGGGCUAUUGGUUCAAUCUCCUUGGCAAUGAACGAAGAGACCGAGAAACGAUUCUUGGUGACGGUCAUAAAGGAUCUCCUUGGCUUGACCGAGAUGAAGCGAGGCAAGGACAACAAAGCUGUGGUUGCCAGUAACAUUAUGUACAUUGUUGGACAAUACCCGCGAUUCUUGAAGGCGCACUGGAAGUUCCUCAAGACGGUCGUCAACAAGCUUUUCGAGUUCAUGCAUGAGUCCCACGAGGGUGUGCAGGAUAUGGCUUGCGAUACGUUCAUCAAGAUUGCUAGACAGUGCAAGAGACACUUCGUUGCUCUGCAGCCGGGUGAAACGGAGCCAUUUAUCGAUGAAAUUGUUAGAACAAUGCGCAAGAUCACAUGUGAUCUGUCACCCCAGCAAGUCCAUACUUUCUAUGAAGCUUGUGGUUACAUGAUAGCUGCACAACCCCAGAAGAAUGCUCAGGAGAGACUCAUUGGGGAGCUGAUGUCCUAUCCAAAUGCGGCUUGGGAUGCCAUCAUCCAGCAGGCUACUGCCAAUCCAUCUAUUUUGCAAGAUGCAGAGACUAUCAAGGUCAUCGGGAAUGUGAUGAAGACAAAUGUUUCUGCCUGUAUCUCGAUUGGAAGCUACUUCUAUCCUCAAAUCGGUAGGAUCUACCUGGACAUGCUGUCCAUGUACCGUGCCACCAGCCAAAUGAUCUCUGAAGCAGUCGCCAGAGAUGGCGAUAUCGCGACCAAGAUGCCGAAAGUUCGAGGAUUAAGAACUAUCAAGAAAGAGAUUCUCAAGCUCAUCGAGACCUACGUGGAGAAAGCCGACGAUCUUGAGAUGGUCCGCACCAACAUCGUACCUGCUCUUCUGGAUGCUAUCCUGGUCGAUUACAACCGGAAUGUGCCCAAUGCUCGAGAUGCUGAGGUUCUGAAGGUCAUGUCGACCGUCAUAACUAAGCUUUCUGCUCUUAUGGAGGACCAAGUUCCCAUUAUCAUGGAGAAUGUGUUUGAAUGCACAUUGGAAAUGAUUAACAAGGACUUCUCCGAAUUUCCAGAACAUCGAGUGGGAUUCUUCACCCUCCUUCGUGCCAUCAAUCUCCACUGCUUCCCUGCCCUUCUCAAGUUGGACAACCGACAAUUCAAGUUUGUCAUUGACUCUUGCAUGUGGGCAAGCAAGCAUGAUAACCGCGAGGUUGAAUAUGCCGGUCUCAAUAUGUGUCUCGAAUUAAUCACUAACAUUGCGGAAACCGAUCCCGCAACAUCGAGUGCAUUCUUCAUGCAGUUCUACAUGCCUAUCCUGCAAGAUGUCUUCUUCGUACUUACCGAUACAGACCACAAGGCCGGCUUCAAAGCACAAUCCAUGCUGCUAUCGAGAAUGUUCUACUUCGUCUCCCCUGCUGAUGGCACGCAGCCGAAGAUUCAGGGGCCGAUCUAUACUCCAGAUCAGGCACCUAUGGGGACGAGCAACAAGGAAUUCUUGGGUGGCUUCGUUGCAAACCUGCUACAGAACGCUUUCCCCAACCUCCAACCUGCUCAAAUCAAGGCUUUCGUUGAGGGCCUCUUUACCCUGAAUGCCACCUACGAUAGAUUCAAGCUGAACCUCCGUGAUUUCCUCAUCCAACUGAAGGAGUUCGCCGGCGACAAUGCUGAGUUGUAUGCUGACGAGAAGGAGCAACAAGAACGGGAUGCGAAGGCGGCUGAGCGAGAACGUCUAUCGAAGGUCGGAGGUCUUCUCAAACCCGCUGAGCUUGAAGACGAUGACGAGCUAUGA